CCGCCGCCGCCGCCGCCGCGUCGCCGCCGUCAGCCAUGGGGUACACCAAGGACGACCUCCUCGCGCGCCUCGAGGAGCUUAAGAUCGAUUUUGAGCGCUACGACCACCCAGUUGUGCUGACGGUCGAGGAGCAGGCCAAACAUGUGGGGAAUCUGGGAGGUGCUUUGACUAAGAACCUGCUUUUGAAGGACAAGAAGCACCGGCUGUACAUUGUUUCCGCACUUGCUGACACCAAAGUUGACAUGAAAAUUCUGUCCCAGCGUCUUGGUUUGGGGAAAGGUGGUGUACGAAUGGCUCCUGAGGAUAAUUUACGUCAAGUGCUUCAGGUACCGUUAGGGUGCGUUACUCCAUUUGCGCUAUUCAAUGAGACCGCGAGUGCUGUCUCAUUAUUACUGGACCAAGGGUUCAAGUCCAAAAAGAGCUGCUACUUCCAUCCACUGACAAAUGAUGUGACUAUUGCUCUCAGUUCAAGCAACCUUGACAAGUUUCUCCUCUCCAUUGGGAAGCAGCCAGCUUAUGUAGACUUGGAGGCCUCACCAGUGGUAGGCAAAGAUAAUCCUCCUGAUCUAGCAGAUCUUGUGCCUUCUGGUGCACUCAGUUUCCCAGAAGAAUCAGUUGAGAACGUGACACCUACACAUGCUCAAACCAAAGACGUGCCCAAAGAAAAAACAUGUCUACCAGAUGUGAAAGCUAAGUCCAAAGUUCAGAACAAGGUGACAUCAAGUUCAGAGGGUAAAGUUCCUACUAAUGGUGCAAAUGUUGAGAAAUUUGUAACAGAUGUGCUUGAGAUCAUCUCCCCAUUGUUCAUAUCUGAGGUAUCAAAGAAAUUGAAUAUAAAGGAGGAUGAGCUUUCUCCAAUAUUGGAUGGCCUUAAAGAACGAGCGGCUCUAAAUGUCGAUAGUUUAGCGAGUUUGUUCAAAAGUGCAGCAUACACCACAGGAUUUGAUGCCGGCGUCAAGACUAUGCUCAAUUACGGUAAAAGUGGAUUGCCCUCCCGGGAAUAAAUUGGUUAAUUCGAUACAAGAGACAGUGGGUUGAUUUUAGUCAAUUUUGUAUGCCCAUCAGUGUAAAAUCUAAUCAUAGUAUAUAUACUUCUUCGUUGAUGUUCCAAUUUGAUAUAUCACUUGAAAGUAUUGGUGA